AGAACAUCUCUACCAUUAUGGGAUCAGAUGACGUCGAGGCCAAGAACGACUACUUACUCUUAAUUUCGUCGCCGCUGUGUUGGAUCUCGGGUGUGUGGCAGCUCCUAUGGGGAAUAAGGUUUGGCGUCACCAGGGUAUUCACCACCGUCUCGGACGACAUCACCAUAAUGUCCACGAUCGACAAGUACAAGAUCAACACAUGGAUGGGAGCACCUGCGGUGCUCUUCGCCUUCAUCGCCCAUUACAAGAAUAAGUACACGGGUCGCUACGACCUCAGCUCGCUUGAGAGGGUCCUAAUCGGUGGGUCUCCUACUGGUGCUGAGGUUCAGGCCUCCUUGGAACAAGACAUCAAGUGUAGUGUCAUCCAAGUGUAUGGGGCCACAGAGGCUGGCUUUGUCUUCGGGCCGCUGGCCUCAGUACCAUCCCCGCCUGGUGCAAUGGGCACCCUGGAGCCCGGUGUGGAGCUCAGGCUGGUGAACGUUGAAACGGGUGAGGACAUCCCGGACGAUGUGAAGAACACAGCGGGCGAGGUGCGUGUCCGCUCGGACUACCUCAUGCUCGGAUACUUCAACAACCCCGAGGAAACGGAGAAGGCGUUUGACGAGUACGGCUUCUACAAGACGGGUGAUCUUGUCUACGAGGAUGACGAUGGCUACUUUUUCUUCGUUGACCGUAUUAAGGAGAUGAUUAAGUACAAAAACAACCAGAUCGCGCCAGCCGAAGUGGAGAUGGUCCUGCUCCAGCACCCCGGCGUCAGUGAGGCGUGCGUCCUGGGUCGCCAGAGCACGGCCGACAUCGGGGACAUACCGACUGCGUUCGUGUCGAGGGUUGACAACGAGGCGGGGGAGGCCCUGACCGAGGGCGAACUGCAGGACCUGGUGGCUGACAAGCUGUCCGACUACAAGCGUCUGCGAGGUGGAGUCAUCUUCCUGGACCAUCUACCCAGGACCGUGAGCGGCAAGGUCGCACGUCGCAACCUCAAGGAAAUGCUAAAAGGAAUGGAUCGACCCGAUGAUUGACUACUUCUACUCUCAAGACCAUGUCAAAUGCCCACGUUGUUCUGUGACAUUUCAACGCCGGGCGCUUGUUGGCGUGUGUAUUUGCCCUCUUUUGUCCAAGAGCAGUGCCACUGUGAUAGGGGACUGCAAGGUGGAUGGUCCUGCACUUGUGUAAUCAUUCCCUGACAAUGUGGCGUAUUUCUCGUAAUCUCAGUAUUAUCAUAGUAUUAGUUUUUGAAGUGCCGGAGCUCGGAGCUAUGUUUUACAAGGACUUGACUUGCUUCAUGCUCGACAAUUCCGAUGAUUUUACCAAUAAUCGACUAAUUUCCGGCAUAUAAUCUUACUUCUGUGAUUCAAUCUCGUAGAUCGGGGUUUGCUGUCGUGCUGUUCGGACAGGAUACCCCAACCCAGCACCUCCCGAGUUUACACGUUUUGUAUAUUAAUAUUUUUCACGUUCAGAAUCUGAAUAUUUGAGGUACAGAAAUAAGCCUUAAUGUCGUAAAUUUGUCGAAUAUUAGUGAAAUCAUGGGGAUUUUGUGUCUGCUGCUACUGUCUGCUCUCCGAUAUAAUUCGUUUAAGUCUACAGGGUCGGUGAUCCGCGCCGUGGUUUUUUUCUGCUUAUACUGUACCGGAUUCACGAGUGCGGGCGGGCUUGCCUAUCGUCGCUCGCCGUGGCUCCUUAUGGCCCCGUGCGACUAUGCAACCCGUCCGCACGCAUGAAUCCGGUACAGUAUAAGCAGAAAAAACCACGGCGCGGAUCACCAACCCUGUAUAUAGCCCCUGUUCAAUCCUUUGCAAACGCUUUUGCAAAUUGCGAAGGAUUUAGAGAUGCGUUGUUGUCUACAGCGACUUUUUAGGGAAUUAACAGGGUGAAGAACGCGAGGGGUGGGCGACUUGAAUUUUUCGUGUGCACAGGAGUACGGAGUACACGGAGUACAGUCGGAGAACACACUUUAAAGAAAAUUAUCGUGAUUUUACGACAUUUUCUCGGUUAAUUUUCUAUUACGAAAACUUCGUUUCUAACAAAUUACGAUACAUCGUUAUUUUACGAAUUUGCUUUGUAAAAUCCCAGGCUCUAACUAAAGGGUAUGAAAAUUGUAAAUAUUUUGAGUCAAAAUUUAUGUCUUACGACCCCAAAAAUUGCAUUCGUUACGAAAUGUAUUCGUUACUUUACGAAAUGUUUUCGUAAAUUGUCACUUACGAAAUAUUUUCGUAAAUUAAUUUUUUCGAAGCAUUUCGUAACUUAUUUCUUCGUAAAAUCACGAAAACAUUUUACAGUGCACUGAGUAUUGCCGGUCGGAGCGCGCAGAGUACACCUGGAGUACACCUGGAGUACACCCGGAGUACACCCGGACACGGAAAAAAAAGAUUCGCUGAGCCAGCUAAUAUAUUGACUGGUAUCUGGACAGACAAGCACAUAAACUUCUGUAACCACUAUAUUGUCUACUCUAAUCAAUCAUUGGCUGUGCCAGUCAAAGAUAAGUUGUGUGAAGUAAUGAUUUGCCUGCAUCAGUAAGGUAGACCUCGACUGAUUUAGGUAAGGGAUGAGCUCUUACAGCUAAUUUUUGACUGGCACAGCCAAUGAUUGAUUAGAGUAGACAAUAUAGUGGUUACAGAAGUUUAUGUGCUUGUCUGUCCAGAUACCAGUCAAUAUAUUAGCUGGCUCAGCGAAUCUUUUUUUUCCGUGGAGUACAGUCGGAGUACGCGGAGAACUUGCGACAAAAACAGCCGGAGUACACGGAGUACAGUCGGAGUACAAUCGGAGAACACCUGGAGUACAUUUUGGGCUGUACACAGGAGCCGCCCAGUCGUCCACCCCUCGGAAGAACGUGGGUGGAGCUGAGCUACACAGCCCAGGACAAGUUGUAAAGUGUGUGCAUGUAGAAGUAAUGUUUUCAACAAUAAACGUACAACAUUGUAAAAAAA